AAGGUCAAAAAUCCAACAUGGCAACCCGCUGUGUGUUACGGGCCGUCUGGUCCUCAUUUGCGUCCUUAAAUUGUGCUAUAAGUGCAAAUUUAAGUGCGCUACGACGGAUGAAAGUGCCACUAUUGUCGCAUUCGGUUAGUCAAAGAAGAGGAAUCCGACAAGUCGUGGAAAAGCAGGAGGGUAAAACAGUAACCAUUGAAGGAAAAAUACUGGACAGCGCAGCUGCACCUCAACCUCCAAACCCCACCGCCAAGUGUCCCAUCUAUAGAUGGAACCUGCAGCACAAAUACAACUACACGGAUGUGUUGCUUCUCAGUCAGUUCAUCAGGUCAGAUGGAGGGAUGCUGCCAAAACGAAUUACCGGUCUUUGUCCUGAGGAGCAUCGCAAGGUUGCCGUGUGUGUGCAGAUGGCUCACAGAGCUGGUUUGCUUCCCGACCACAGACCCAAACGUCCAGAGGGCCAUGUCCCAAAGCCCAAGCCACAACUCAACAGAUACCUGACCCGCUGGUCCGUCAAAUCCGUCAAGCCCAUCUACAAACGCGGGCUAAAGUGGUGCAAGAAGCGCAUGCCUGUUGGAAGCCAUCUGCUCCAGGACAACGUCCGAUACGGUCCCAAGCCCCUUUACAUUAAACACUGAGGGAUGCCUGCGCUGUAGCUGCUUGAACUGCAGAUUUAAAUCAGGGUGAAGAAUCUGGAAGACAAUGCAAUUCUGAAAACAAGUAAUAGCCACCGAGAUAUUUAACUGGUCAACAAAAACAAAAUGUGAUUUUUGUCCACUGUUCCAAGCAUGCCCGCCAAAAAACUAUUUAUCGUACAUUCUUUGUUUAUAAACCUGUCAUGCAUCCUCUCAUCUACUGUGUUGCUUUUCAAAAAGCCCUUAAAGAGGUGUAAUGGAGACCAAAGUACUGUCGGUGGGCAAAUAAAGUCUGCUUUUUUUUUU